GUGUCCGCGAGGCCGCGGUUCGUGGAUAGAAUGCUAUAGACUCCGCAACCAUGAACGGCUCCGACGUCGCCAACACCACAGCGGCCAGCGCCAAGUGCAAGGAGGAGCAGGCGGUGAACGGGCACGAUGAGAAGGAGGGCAACCCCUUCGCCGAGUACAUGUGGAUGGAGAACGAAGAGGACUUCAACAGGCAGGUGGAGGAGGAGCUGCAGGAGCAGGAGUUCCUGGACCGCUGCUUCCAGGAGAUGCUGGACGAGGAGGACCAGGAGUGGUUCAUCCCCUCGCGCGACCUGCCCCAGGGCCUUGGGCAGCUGCAGCAGCAGCUCAACGGGCUCUCGGUGGCCGAAGACCACAGCUCGGAGGACAUCCUGAGCAAAAGCAACUUGAAUCCAGACGCCAAGGAGUUUGUGCCGGGUGUGAAGUACUGAGCCCCAGGGGCGGCUUCGCAAAGACUGUGUCCCUGCUCCCCACGCGGGACACGUGGCCGGAGCGGGGAUGGGGCCGCGUUCCUUCCCGGCCGGACUCGGCGCCGCGGCAGCGUGCCCAGCUCUUGCUCUGUGCUUCAAGUACCGGUCAGGGGGGCUUUUUUCUACUCUUUCUUUUUAGGGUCUAUCACUUCUCGGCAGCCGCUGCUUCGUGGCGCUCGCGGCGCCGCGGUCUGGCCGGGCGCCCAGCGCUGCUGCUGCUCCCGAGGCCAGUUUUCCAUGCGUGCUUCAAACCUGCUAGCGGCGAAGCCGUGGUUUCCUGUUACACAGUAUUCCUAGGGAUCCCCUGCCUGCUCCCACCUUGGAUGCGGCGAGCCGGGAAGGCCAGGGCCUGGGCAAGGGGCCACGCUGGCUUCUCCUGCUUCCCUUAGAGAGGAUUUUUGUCCCCCAGAAGGGAAGAUGAGGAAUAAGGAGGCUGUAAAGGCUGAGCUCCCAUGUGGGCGGCCUGUGCCGGCUCCUGCUCCCUGCUCCACACUAAUCCAGCUGCUGCUUCGCUGCUAGGAGGGAGCAGGGCAGCCCUGUCCCGUCACACACCCUGUCCUUCCACGGGGACCUUCCUGCUCCACAUUCGGGUUUCCCUGGGAGAUCUUUUCCCUGACUCUUGGGCUUACCCAGCGUUAGCGGCGCUGGCUCUGAGGCGUCUGUACCUUCAUUUCUUACCGAAAUAGUGGAAAUAAAUC